UAUGUUCUUGCAUGUUCUUCCUAAUUCAAUUGUUCAUGUUCAUGCAACCACAUAAAAGAAAGGACUUUCACUCAAUAGUGAUGCUAUCUUGCAGAUACUACUGCUUGGUUGAAUAUUUCUAACAAACAUGGUACUAAGAUUGAACAUCGAUCUAAUAGCAUUAACAACACAAGAUUGAAUUUGCAAAGUGCAAAUUGUGGAAAUCGGACGCCCGAGAGAAAGCCCUGACAAGAAAUGUAGAUUCCAAAAUUUGAUUUUAGAAGAUGAACAAGAAUGCCAAAUAAAGGCAGUACUGUAUGCAGAUGAAAUUGAACAGUAUGCAGAAAUGCUUAAACUCAUGAAUACUUAUCUCAUCUCUACCGCAAGAGUCAAAAUCUCCCAAACUUCACACGGAAAGCCGAUACACAAAUUUUACUGGGUUCUUGACAAAGAAACAGUAAUUGAACAUAUCACACCAUCUAAUGGAGUUGAGAAUCCACUUCCACCACCAACCAAGCUGAAUCUCACAACCUUUGACCGCAUUCCUCACAUGAUGCUUGAUUCUGCUCUUGAAAUUGAUAUACUGGCAAUCGUUCUCCGUUGUAGUCCUCAAAAAUACGCAGGUCGCACUAAUCAUAAGGGUCGAGAAAUUAUCAUUUGUGACAAUCACAAAAACCAAUUUCUCCUCACUCUAUGGGAGGAUUUUGGAGAAAUUGAAGGAAAUGAAAUCGAAGCAAAAAUGGAAAAAGAAAUGGAUCUUAUUGUAAUCCUUGGCAGGAAUAUAGGAAUCUCUACUUUUCAAGGGUUGUCACUGCAGAGUAGGUACAAUUCAACAAUACGCGUAGCUCCUACUUACCCACAGGCAGUAGAACUCACCAAAUGGGCAAAAGAAAACAAAUCAAUGUUGUUAGGUCGAGCGUCGAACAAAACCUCAAUAAGCUCAUCUGCCCCUCUCAUGAUGGGACUCUUCUAUGUUGAAGCAGAAAUGGCCAUAUCAGAUGAAUUGUAAGAGUUUUGUGUACUUGAAUGCUCAGGAUGCAAACAAAAGAAGCGCACAAAAGAUAGAAAGGAUUUUCAUUGUCCAAAAUGCAAUCGGAAAACAACAUUACUUCCUCGGUGUAUCUUUCAAAUUGAUCUUACUGACGGUACUGCUACAGUCACAGCAUCUAUCUCUGUUGAAUUGGGAGAAAAACUACUCUCUAUGACAGCGGAAGACAUAUUUGACAUAACCUGUGCUAAGAAGCAAUCCUUGUAUAUUAAUCAUGUCCAUGAGAUGUUGUCCAACAAACUAUUUCAAAUUCAGCUAAGGAAGUCAUCUUGGGGUACCUCAAACAACACACAAGCAACUUACUCCAUUAUUUCCUACAUGGAAAAGCAACAUACUCCACCAACUACUAUUGAUAGGAAUUCCAAAAAGGUAAGACCUUUGGAGAUAAGUGAGAUGGAGGUGACAGAAACAACUACUGCAGCUGGUUCUUCAAAUGCAACUCUGAAAUUUGAACCAC